GUCGGCUCCGCAGUGUCAGUGAGCGGGUCAGCGCGAUUCGCUGCCAGAAACAGAGACGAGUGAACGGAAGGAACCAUGAACAAGGACGACGAAGAAGACAAGACAAACAAGAAGAGCCAGAGCCGCAGCCGCACCAGGGAGUCCUCUGGCUCCUCGGACCCCGACUUCGAGACGUCGGCGGCGGUGGGCGGCCGGCGCGGUGGCUACGCGACCCGCCGGACGCGCCAGGUCGAGUCGGAUCCGCCUCCGCACGACCUCAGCCGGAUCCUGCCGCGGGAUCCGCCCGACUGCCUCCGGCGCGGCACCAAGCGGAAGUCGCAGAGCUCACCGCGGCUUCUGUGCUUCGACCCUGCCCCAGAGGACUCUGGAGGAGGUCUGGCCCCGGCCGCCGCAGGAAGAGCGUUCACCUCCGCAGGAGGAGCGUCCAUCUCUGCAGGAAGAGCGUCCACCUCUGCUGGAGGAGCGUCCACCUCUGCAGGAAGAGCGUCCACCUCUGCAGGAGGAGCGUCCACCUCUACAGGAAGAGCGUCGACAUCUAGCGGAGGCCCGUCCACCGCCCCAGGGGGCCCGUCGACCUCCGCUGCAGCCGGAGCCCGAGACAGCGCGACUCCGAACGUGGCCGCCGGUGGGAGCCGCGAUGGACUGGACCUGUCGAUGCUGGGUUCUCGCGUCAGCACGCCGACUGCCGGGCCGUCCCUAGGUCAGCUGUACAAGAUUCGGCUGGCGGUGGCGGCUGCCAGUCGCAGCGCAGGCGCCUCCCGGCCCGCCAGCGGCUCCGUGGACGUCUCAUCGGUGUCGUCGGUGGUCAGUACCCCGGAGGGUAGCGCGUCCGCUCCGUGGGCGGACACCGAGACGGACUCUCAGCCGCCGCGGCUCGGCAGUCCGGAGGCCAGCACUCCGGCCGCCUCCUCGGCUAGCGCCUCGCCCACCUUCGGGCCACCUCUGCUGUGCCCAGUCGUCGAGCGGCUGCCUGAGGCUCUGGCAGCAGCCGCGAGGCCAGAGGCCAGCAGACCGCAGCCGCCGCGGCCGGCGUCGCAGAGGCGGAAGCGACCACCCGCGCGUCGUUCCCGGUCAACCUCUACAACGAGGAGACCUCCCAGCAGCCCACUGACCGCCGGCCCGCGCUCGGCCUUCGCCAGCGUGUCUGCUGAACCUGCGGCGGCCUCCCGAGCUUCCAGUGUCUCCGGUGCUUCCAAUGUCUCCGGAGCUUCCAGCCAGGCUGUCGCGGAGACCCAUACCACUGGACUGGGCCUGCUGUGUCAGGCGGCGGAGGCUGCCGAGGCGAUGGCAGCAGCUGCACAAACGUUCACGGCUGCUGCGGAGGUGUCGGCGGCUGCUGCGAAUGCGGCACGUUCGGAGCCACAGAGCCGAGCAGGAGGGCGGAUAGCGUUAGCGACGUCAUCGUUCGGAACGGCAGCCGUAACGACGUUUUCGUCCGGAAUUGCAACUGCAAUUGCAACGUCUUCUGCCAGUCCCGUUACCGCGCCUUCUGCCGGUCCCACGGAUGAGACAUCUGCCGGGCCCACGACGGAGACAUCCGCCGGUCUCGCGAGGUCUUCCUCCGCCGGUCUCGCGUCAACGUCCUCCGCCGUCCCAGGGACACCAGAACGGAUCGCUGGAGGAGGCGACGGGCGGUCUCCUGGCCCGUCAUCGCGCCAGGGAACUCCGCUCAAACUCUACCGUGUGGGCGCGAAGACGGCGGACGGUUCUUGCUGCUGGACCACCAUCUCCCCACACAAGGACAGCGGCAGGGCCAGCGGGACCGCCGCCUCAGCCGGACCAUCUGGCGUGAAAUUCAACUUAGAAAAGAGCGAGAGCGGAGCUGCAAGACGUUCAGCGUCUGCGGAAGGCCCUUCUUCCGCUUCCACCGGUCGACCGCGGGGGCCAGAGAGAACUCCCGAGAAACCAUCAGAACGCCGUCGGCCGUCGAGGAGCCCCCGUCAGAAUUCUAGAAGUCUUCGUCGGAAACCUAAAAGUCCCCGUCAGAGUCCUCGAAGUUACCGUCAGGAUUCGAGAAGUCCCCGACGGGACUCGAGAACGACUGGACGCGAAAGUGCGAGACGGUCUCCUCGGAAGUCGAGGAGCUCGAAGAGCCCUCACCAGUAUCGGGAUGGUGUAAGUGAAGAAACCAUGGCUCAAGCGGAGGACUCUGUUCAGGGAGCGGCGGCACUUCAGCAGGAGGCGGGAAGUUCCCAUGCUGUGCUCAGAAACCUUAUGGAGCAGCCGAGGAGCUACGGCCACAGGAGCGUGGAACUGCCACGGCCGGCAGAGCCUCUGACGCAGGAGACUCUUCAGAAUGUCCCAGCAUAUCAGCAGGCAGCUGGCCGUCCUCAUGAGACUACUGGUGAUCUUCCGGGCGUUGCAGAACGUCUUAACGCCGAGAUUCAUCAGCAACCAAGGGCAGAGUGUCAUGAUCAGGGCCCCGCCGGACCGCAAGGAACUGAACAACUUCAUCAAGGCACGGAACUUGUGCAUCAUGGAACCGAGCAGCCUCGUCAUACCACAGAGCAGCUCCAUCAUGCUACAGAGCGACUCUAUUAUGGCACAGAGCGACUUCAUCAUGGCACCGAACUACUUCGUCAUGGCGCCGAGCAACUUCAUCAUGACUCAGAGCGACCUCAUCAUGACUCAGAGCGACUUCGUCAUGGCGCGGAACGGCCUCAUUAUGUCCCUGAGCAGCUUCACCAGGACACCCAACAACUCCAUCAUGACAUGGAAACGGCUCAUCCUGGCGCAGAUGAACGUCGACACGGACCUUCGCAUUCUCACCAUGACACCGAAAGAUCUUAUCGCGCAACGGAGAUACCUCAUGACGCUGCGGCAGCUCAUUACCAGACGGGAUCGCUUCCUCUCGACACCAGGGAAGUUCACUACGACUCAGAGACACUUCGUCCGGGAAUCGCGAGACCUGGACGUGGUGAGGAGGCUUUGCGCCUGGAGGUAGAGGAACUUCACGUCGGAACCGAAUACCAUUAUCAGAACUUCGAAAAACAGCAGAAUGUAGAGUGCGGUCAUGAUCAAGAGUGGCAACAGACAGCAGCUGAAGCCGUUCAUCAGGGAGACGCGGAUCCUCGUGAACUAGAUAGCUUGCUACAGGAGACAAGAAACUUUCAUGAAGGACAGGAAUCCAUUGGGAUGGCAAGACAUCAUCAAUCGAUCGCGGGCUCAUCUCAUUCAGACGUGAAACCAAUAGAUAUCGGAUAUGCAAACGAUCGCUUGGAAGCUGCCAGUUUCGCUAGGAGUCGCGAUAUUCCCCAACAUCACGCUCAGCAUGCUGCGGCCCAGGUGCCUCAACGGCAACCCGUGCCUGGUAGUGCGUAUCAAGGCGAAGAAGGUCCCUACCCCUCUCCCUGGGGUAGCUAUCAAACUCCUGAUUAUCAUGCCCAAGGUCCUGAUGCUCUUCAAGAUCGUUGUGAGCACCCAAACCAAGAGCAAGAGACCCACCAGCAAGUGAAGAGCCCUCACAGAGACACUGAGGGGGCCCACCGGAACACAGAUGAUCUCAGUAUGAAGUCGGCGUCUCCGCCUCCCGCCGUCGAGGGCCCCCUGGUUCACGAAGACGGCGCCAUGCAGGGCGCAGAGGACCCGAGUAAGAAGUCUGCAGGUGGAGAGGAAGACGUUCUCGAGGAGGCCCGAACCGGACUUCACUAUCGGAAGAAGCGUGCCUCAAACCUCAGCGCCGAUUCAUCGAUGAACGCAUCGACGGAGCAUCCAGUACCGGAGGUUCGUCCAGCUAUGGGCGCUGGCGGGAGUUCAGACAACAACGGCAGAGCGGCAGGGAACCGGAACGGCAGCAGUCCCACCUGCUCCAACUGCGGCAUGACCUUCCACAGUGCCGGGGAGAGGAUCGCCCACAAACGCUCCGCCGCCUGCCUGCGGGUGGGUCAGUGAGCGUCUCCGGGCCGUGUUGGCCGACGUCGCCGUCCGCUACUCCGCCGAGCUCCGGGAGAACUGCGCGGAGUCCGGCCACCCGGCGAGUCGCAGCGACCCAGACUCGGAGCUGGAGCUGCAGCUGACGCGGCUGGCGCUGCGACUGCAGCGUCAGCUCGUCUCUGAUCCGAGCGACGACGCGGUGGGGAGAAAACGGUCCCACGACGAGGCCGAAGAAGGCGACUCCAGCGAGUUGGCUGGGAAGCAAGUGGCGGAGAGCGGCAGCGACAAAAGGCGAAGGCGGUCCUCUGGAGGCCUCGCCACCGUGGAAGAACGCGAGGCGACCGUGGGAGAGGAUUGGAGUUCAGGUGUAGCUUGUUGGGAAGAUUAUGGGGAGAUUUUAACACAUUUGACGACGGGAGACCGGAUAACAAUGUUGAGCACGAAAAACACGGACGCAUGUGAAGGCGCAGCAUCGACGACUCGGAUGGUGUCUGGCGUUGGCAGCAGAAGAAUCGCCGUUGUCGAUGGUUCUCAGAUCCAGGAAGACAUUCAACCCCGGAGUAGGCAAGCUUCAACACCGCAUGGCCUGGUCGAUCUUGUUGGCAAGGUCCCGACGGACGAAGAUAUCGGCAUCGAGUGGAGACAUCAGAACCACCGUCCACCGGUCUCGGCUGAUAAUGCGGGGCUUCAGAGACUGCGGACAGCUGCGCCACAGGACUCCCGACCUAAACGGAUGUCAGCAAGCCCCAUCCGUUCUACUCGCAGCUCUCGUGCCUCCAACACUGGGCUCUUCGAGAACGGUGACCAUUCUGAUUCCGGAUCCCCGGGACAUGAUGACAGGCUGUGGGCAGAAGGAGAAUACCAGAGCUCUUGGGACCGUAAAGAACAGCAGCUGAACGAAUACCAUAGUCGUUUUGUAAGAUGUCAAGAGAAAAUGUCUUCUACUUCAAUGAAGGCCUGGUUAGAAAUACCAAAGCCCGAUAAUUUAACUAGCAGCAAUGCCUCCUCCGCCACAUCUCAUCUACCGUUGACACCUACCAGGGGCCAGCGACCUCCCCCGGCGUCCCCUCACUACAGUCUGAUUUCCUCGGAUUCCUUUCCUGAUGAAGAUGGGGAGCUUUCCCGGUCCAUGUUGCGAUGCUCACCGCGGGCACUGUCUUGUUGUGCACCGAUGCUGCCGCUGCCUUUUGUCGGAGAUGAGGCAAGAGGUCGUUGUGAAGAUGCCAAGACAGACGUCUCAAGGGCGUCCGAUGGAGACCUUGCGGAAGACAGUGACGACGCAACGACAGUGACGUAUUAUGGAGGCUGCAGCGGCGAGCGGGAAACAUCACGAGCUGAAGACGUUAAGGAUGAUGUGAUAACGGCGUAUCGAGGAGGAUUUCAGGCAGGCGCUGCAGGAUUUGACGUUGGCGAAGAGAUGGCGACGGCGGUUUUCGAUGAAGACCGUGGAAUUACAUGGGGCGAGGCACACGUCAGCGAUGGAGAUCACAUCCUCGCCACAACAUCCACGGAGUCGAGCUCGGAUAGCGCUGAUUCGCGCUUCGUCGUGUCGACCCUCUCUCCACAGCAAUGGCCCGAUGAUGAAUCUGAGGAGGCUCUGACGCCAAACUCUUGCAGGUCUUCUAGAGCACAGCGACCUCGUUUGGGCACUGUCUCGUCCGGCGCAUCGUCUGAUGAAAUCGCUCUAGUCAGGCCAUCUCCCGUCUACUUCGGGAUGCUAACGCCGUCGUCGCUAGACACAACUGAGACGCCGACGCCCUCAGCAUUUUCUACAGAAACCACUGAGAGUUCUGUGGACUCCUUAGUGGAGGACUCUGAUCUGGGGUGCUCUGAUCAGGAUCAGGAUAUAUGCGAAGGAGAAACAACUACGGAAAGUUCCUCAGAGCAAAGUGACGAGAUCGUCGAGCCACCUUCCUUAUCUGAUCAUCUCCCGAGUUUCCAACAGAUGUAUCCUUACUUUGAUCCGAACUUUUUGCAACUCUGCCCAGUGCCAGUUCCUUUCCCGCCGUUCUUCCCUUAUCCUUCGUUCACUUUAGGCCACCCAGCGGCAACGCCUUUCUGGAGCCGGGCCUUCACAUACCACUCUCAGCACCAGCGUCAGCCCGACUACACAGCAACGGAUGAGGAUGCCGAGGUGGCAGACAUCUUUGCCUCCGGCUCCCGUCAGUCGGCCGAUGAUGCUGCCUCUUCGGACACUGUUCGACUGUCGGAUUCCUACGCCAACCAGAGCACCCGUCGUAGAUGCUCCGGAGAGUCCAACGACUCUGUGCUCAGUGUAGAAAUCCUGGAGUGUCGGGACUUCGAGGGCGUGUCAUACCCAGACGAACCGGAUACGGCAUUGCUGUCCAACCAGCCCAGGCGGACCGACAUUGAGGAGGGCGUUGGGUUUGUGGCUGAAGAAGCUGUCCGGGACUUCGCUCGUGAGCGUGCAACGGAAGCGUCUCCGCGCGAUGAAGGAGUGGCUGUGAGGCAUUCCCAGGAACUCGAAGAAGAGGUGACUCAGACGUCAACCGUAGCGGCGCGGAACGUCUCCAGCGACUCUGGCGUGGAGAUCGUCGCGGUCUUUGAGCGCCGUUCACCGCGGGCCAGUGUUUCCCGGGCCUCUCCUCAGGCGACGGUGCUAUACCGAUCUGAAGAGGUGACGCAGCGUGGCAGAACUGACGCGCUGCAGGCGGGAAUGACCCGUGAUCCCGGGGUAGUGCCGUGCCAGGUGCUGCCGUCGGCGGAAGCCGGUCACGCGCAGGAGUUGACCUUUCGGGAUGACGUGUCAAUGUGCCAGCGGCGACGCUCUGUGAUCACCUCGACUUCAGACCUUUCUAGGCGGUAAGGUCAAGUCGGCGUUUGGCGCAGAGCGGAGCUGAAGAAGACUAGCUCUGCGCUGUCUUUGCUGACAUCACCUCCGGCGAGCGGCGUCUCUGACGCGACUGGUGGAAGGCUGCUGACUGACUGCUGACUGCUGGAGGACUCCGCGGGGGGACUGGCGGAUACUGCUGGAGGACCCCGCCGGUGGACUAGCGGAUAGGUUGCUGGUCUGGAGGACCCCGUGGAUGGACUGGCGGAUACUGCUGGUCUGGAGGAUCUGCUGCUGAUGCCGGACUUUUGAGGCAUACCAUGCAUCUGGCAGGCUCCCUGGCACUCGUCUGGCCCGGCCUGGGACCCGAGCUGAGCCGGUCGCCGUGGCCGAGUGGUCGCCAUCUGUCGGCUCUCGCUGCUGAGCUGGAUGUCACUGAAGGAGACGAGUCCCAACCAUUCGCCCUCCGCCGACAUCGGAUCUUCAUUCCCGGGAGACGCGCCGCGCGGUGUUACCCUCUGUUGGUGCCGCCCCUCACCGAUUCCUGCGCGAAAUGCUAUCUUUGCUGGGACCACAGCUGCAAUCACUGAUGUGUAAGAAGCGAUUAUUUUACUAUUUUUAUCCUUUGUCGCUUAUUUUUUACUUUGAUCACCGUGUACGUCUGCAUCGGACCUGGAUGAACCAUGCCAUUGUUUGUAAUACAUUACAUGCGUCACAUCUUCA